AUGAAGAGGACUAUACCAUGGACUGACCCAGUUGAUGUUAUAUCAUCAGAUGAAUCUUCUUCCUCAGAUGAAGAUAUAGAGCUUAAUGAUGGAAACGACAGCCAGCAGUUACCCAAUAAUGUUACAAUUGAUCAACUCAUCAAAGAAAUGACAUCUGAGGGUGUGUUGAUUAGGAGGGCAGAAAUGUAUCAAGACUACAUGAAACAUAUCCCUAUCCCAGUACAACGUGGUUCUGCCAUCCCAUUUUCCUCAUGGGUGGGAUUAGGCAAAUCCAUUAAGCAACUAUACCAGCAGCCCUUGCAUUACCUCACCAACGUUCUUUUAAAACAGUGGGAUCAGCAGCGAAUUGGCAGUGAAGAUGAGCACAAGCCUUUGGAUAUCAUGAUUCAUCCUUGUAAAGCUGAAGCCACCAUCUGGCUUGUUGAGGAAGUUCACAGGUGCACAUCAUCACAUUAUCAUGUGGCUAAACUCUGGCAAUCUGACUCAAUGCACCAUGCUUCUGUAGACUCCAUUUUUCCACAGUUAUGA